CCUGAUAUUAGGUGAAGCCAGCAGGUCAGACAUUCAGUCGGAGGUUGUUUAAGCCACGUACUACCCAGAGAUGGCGAUAGUUUUGGGGGCUUACACGUUGGGGCUGCUGGGGGUAAGCCUCUUCGUUUCAAUGCUGACCUACGCCACCUACCAGCUACUCAGCAGUUAUCUGUAUAAAUGGAGGGAGAUGAAGCCCAUACCAGAGAUUGAAGGCACAUACCCCCUCAUAGGGAACGCACUGCAGUUCAAAGCCAACGCUGGAGGUGAGACAGUGAGAGGUUAUGAGAAAAAAUAGGAAAUGAGAAGGGUAUUUUGAAGAGGUGGUACUUUUAUCAGUUUAACAUUUGGGUUCUAAUCAUGAUGACUUAAAUUAUGCCAGCCUUUCCAUAAUAUCUUUAUUUAAGAAAUACUUUUUAACAUUAAAGAAAUAAAAUAAAUCCAUUGAUUCAGAAGAUUUGUGAAUCAAAUAUCCCAUUUGAACGGUGAAUCACAUUAAUCUGUCCUAGAAAUGAGACUGAUGUCAUUAACACAAUAUAUUGUCUGCAUUGUUGCUGCACUGAGAUUCGUGUAAAUGUGACAUAGUCUUCACAAUCCAUGCGCCACAUCACAACAAAAAUUAUCAUGCUACACAUUAGCAACUUCUUCUGUGGUUUAUCUACUUCCGUUCCUGAUACCGCACGCCAAAGCAAUGCACAAGUUGGAAAAAAUCCAAUACAUGUGACACUGCACGUAGUGCCAGGCACCACAUCCUAGUCCGGCAGAUGAGUCGCAGCGGUGUGAAUUUGCCUCCCAUUGGAUUUAAUGGACUUCCGCCGGAACAUAUACAGUUUGAUGCAACCGGUGUGCACGAGGCUUUAAGCCUCAUUCAUAUUACAUCUGAGCAGUCCAUUGUGUUGCGCCGGAUGUCAUUCAUUUCAAUGGGGACAGUCCGCAAUGGAGUGGUAUCACAGUGGCAUCUCAGUGCCCCCUUGAGGUUGAAGCUUCUGUUGCUAAACGGAUUCCGCAUACAUAAUUUUUUGCUGAACUUUGCGUUGUCUUUAGUGAAGCCAGAGUCUGUUAAUAGAACAGGAAAUUACCAAAGCACAGAAGACUAUGAAAAUAUAUGGUUUUCGGUGAUGCUAGCUAGCUGAUCUGUACACUAGCUUGACUUGCUAGAAGUUAGAGAAACAAGUUGAGAAAAAGUAGCUUGACGAAACAUGUUUUACUAUCACCUGAAACAAUAUGUUUAUCCUGUCUUGAAUGAAAAUAUCUUAUUUUGAAAUCUCCCAAAAUAAAUGCGGUCUCUGACGAGAGACUAGCCUCUCCUCCAUCUUGUCUUGCGUUGUGAAACCCUAUGCUUUCCAUCCAGUAGCGGACCAAGAUUGCGUGAUGAUGAAGUAUGGAGUAAUGAAACACGUCACAAUGUGUACGGGGCAUUAGACCAUGUGACUGUAAAAUACUUUAGAGGGCCCCAGUUUACGGCCAAGGAAUGGGCGACCAACAGUUAAAACUAUUGUACUAAGUUUUUUCUUCUAUAACUUCAUAAAGAGGAAGCAUCGAUCUAGAUUCUAGAGAAUUAUGAAUGUGCAAGGCAGCAUUGUAAAUAACAUCCAAAUGGUUUCUAUCCAAAUGAAACAUCACAAAUGUUUAAAUAUUUGUCAAUAUAUGCGCGUGUGCUUAUUCAGGUGUGUGCAUGACAAAAAUAUUGUCCCUUAAUAAACAUACAUGUUUACAUCCCCCUCCUAUUGGUUAAUCAUUCAUCAUAACUAGUGGCUGGAAUUACAGUAGUUUAGGGAGGGGAUCUUGAAAAGCACUCACUCAUUCAUUCAUUGUCAUUCAUUGAUCUUCCAAUCUACCCACAUACUGUAUGUAGUCAUCAGAUAGUCAGAAGCUUGAACUAGUGAAUGACUUCAGAGAGUUCUCUUUCUUUGGUUUCAGAUUUCUUCCGUCAAGUCAUUGGCUACACAGAGCAGUUCAGGGAUUCCCCACUGUUAAAGAUUUGGAUCGGACCAGUACCCAUCCUCCUUCUGUUCCAUGCAGAAACCAUUGAGGUAGGCGUAUUAAUCAAAGAAUUGAUUUGCAUCAACUUGAUGCAUAACACUUGUAUGUUUUGCAAAGUGUUUAAAUAAGGUGAAACAUACAAGUUGGUGUUACACUUUUUUUGAAACCUCAACAUUUCUGCCUACUGAACACUCUGGAGAUUGAAAUCUACUCUUCAUAUAAAGUAGUAAUUCCACCACAUACUGGUAGCCUGACAAUCAAGAUAUGGUAACUGCUAUCAAAGCCCAUUAUGCUGCUUUGGGUACAAGUGUGCCAAAGCAAACACACUGUAUUGAAUACUAGAGGAAGAGUCAAAUUUUCCAUAAAAACAUUAUUUACUAAAGCAAAAAAAUUAACUUUGCUUUAAAAAAGUUAGGGUUUUACGUAUGAUAUAUAUUUGCUGGUAACUGUCUGUUUGUUGAUGAUGCCAUGCCAAUGACCAACGUUCCCUCUGUGAAAAAUAAAUUAACUAUAUUGUGUUCUAUUUUCUAUUCUAUUCUAUUUGAUUGUCUAUUUGAUUCUAUUUAUUCUGUUUUAUUCUAUAGACAGUUUUGAACAACCCUGUUCAUAUGGACAAAGCCUAUGCUUACAAGUUCCUGCAACCUUGGCUCGGCACUGGUCUACUAACCAGGUGGGUGUCCCAAAACAGAUCACAUUCGAGAAAGAUCAAACGUAUAUGCAUUUGAGACUACAGAAAAUAUGUAUUAUAAAACAAGAUAGGAACAUAAUUCUUAGAUAAGCCUUCGAUCAUUGUUGGGGAAAUAACAAUACAUUCUGAGAAACGUCAAUACUUUCCAAUAUUUUCUGAACUCCGUCUCACUCUGUAUCACUUACUCUGCAUCUCCCUCUCUCUGCUUCCCUUCCUUUUCUAUCUGUCUGAUUCUCUUUCUUUGCCACCCUCCCUCUGUCUCUCUCUUCCUCUAUUUCUCCCCCCUCCCUCUGUUCCCCACCUCCCUCUCCCCAGCACGGGGAACAAGUGGCGGCGGCGGCGGAAGUUGCUCACCCCCACCUUCCACUUCUCCAUCCUGACGGAGUUCCUGGAGGUGAUGAACGAGCAGGCCGAGGUGCUGGUGGAGAAGCUGGACAAGGUGGCAGGCAAGGGCCCCUUCAACUGCUUCAACCACGUCACCCUCUGUGCCCUCGACAUCAUCUGUGGUGGGUCUGGAUGUGGGGUGAUUCUAGCGGGUCCAAAGGCUCAAUGGGUUAAAAAGAUUUCACAUUCUUGUGGCCAUUUCAAGUCAACUAAAAGAUCUAUCAAAAUUGCAACCAAUCUUGCAAUAAAUAUCUCUGUAUAUGAUUUUCCUUUCAGAGACUGCAAUGGGGAAGAAAAUCUACGCUCAGAGUAACUAUGACUCAGAGUAUGUCCAAUGUGUGUACAAGUGAGUGCCUCGUCCUGAAUGCAACAGACAGAUGUUGUCAUGCCCAGUGUUGUUUUGAAGUAGAGGGUAUCGACGGCCGACCAUUGCUCACUGUCCCUGCAUCUCUCUCUCUCUCUCAGUUUCCCCCUCCUUCUCUCCUUCUGUCUGCACUGUUGGUAGUUGGUUGCAAGUAGUAGCUGUCUUGUACCACGCAUGUUGUUAAACUCUGUAAAUGCUACAAAUAAACAGACUUUUGGGGACAAUAUUCAUUGCAAGAAAAUGUAAUGGAGCGGAAUCAACUUGCAUCAAAUUAAUAUCAUUUUCUCUCCCUCGCAUCCCUCCUACUGUCCCCAGGAUGAGUGACAUCAUCACACGGCGACAGAGGAUGCCGUGGUUCUGGCCCGACUUUUUCUACAACUACUUUGGCGAGGGCUGGGAGCAUAACAGGAGCCUCAAGGUCCUCCACUCGUUCACCUCCAAUGUGAGUCAUCAGUCAAUCAAUCAAAAAGGGGCUUUCAACUAUUUAGCUGCACCCAGGGAAAUAAGAUGUCAUCCAUCAGCCCCCAUCCAUCCAGCCAAGGGCCUGUUCAGAACGAUGGCCAUUACAGAAUGUUCAGAUAGAAAUGUAUUGUGUAGAACAUAAAUGAUUGUCUGUACGAUAGAAUAAGAAAUCCCGUCAGCGCUAUUCAUUCUCUUUCUAUCUGCAACGUUCAGAACGCAUGAUGUCAAGUGUUUUCACUGAAUACACCCCAGGUGAUCUACGAGAGGGCGGAGUACAUUGCCUACAUCGAGUCGGACAGCGAAUCGGACCAGGGCAUGAGGAAGAGGCGGGCCUUCCUGGACAUGCUUCUGAAGACCACGGACGAGGAGGGCAACAAGCUCACCCACCAGGACAUCCAGGAGGAAGUGGACACCUUCAUGUUCAGGGUCAGAGGUCAAAACCUCUAUCACUCCAUGUAGAAUGUAUUACAGAUUUAUCAUUGGUGUUAUUUUUAUUGCCCCCGUCUUGCAGGGUCAUGACACUACAGCCGCAGCCAUGAAUUGGGCCAUUCACCUGCUGGGCUCCCAUCCAGAGGUGCAGAGGAAGGUUCAACAAGAGCUGCAGGAGGUGUUCGGUAAUCCCCCCCUCUUUUCUAACCCUUUAUUUUCUCAACCCUUUACUGCCUGGUGUUGCAGUAUGGCAACAUAUCAUUUCUCUUCACCUCUUGCUUCCCUGAAUGAAAAAUUAUAAACACCAUUGCUUUUUACAGAAGGGGGGGGGAGGGGGUGUAGACUAGCCAAUUAUGUGCUUAGGUAAAGUCACAUAACAUGCACCCACAUGGAGCUCCCUUUCAUAAAUGCAUUCCACAUUGUUCUCAUAAAGCAAUCAUUUUUACAUUUCCCCUUCAAUGAAAAAUGUAAACUCAAUCUCAUGUUAGUUAAGAGGUGAUAUUAAACAUUACAUCCAAUUUCCCUAGAAUUUGUUCUUGGGAAAUUGAUCAAAUGCAUUUGUUGGCAAUCGGCAACACUGUGUGAUAGUUGAACUGCAAUUCAGUUGAUAGGGGCCAGGCAAAAGACAGUGAAAAUAUAAUUUUCAGAUUUUUUGGCGUAAUAUUGAUAUAUUUUUAGAAAGAUAACAUAUAUUUGUUAUAUACAGUGGGGGAAAAAAGUAUUUAGUCAGCCACCAAUUGUGCAAGUUCUCCCACUUAAAAAGAUGAGAGAGGCCUGUAAUUUUCAUCAUAGGUACACGUCAACUAUGACAGACAAAAUGAGAAAAAGAAAUCCAGAAAAUCACAUUGUAGGAUUUUUUAUGAAUUUAUUUGCAAAUUAUGGUGGAAAAUAAGUAUUUGGUCACCUACAAACAAGCAAGAUUUCUGGCUCUCACAGACCUGUAACUUCUUCUUUAAGAGGCUCCUCUGUCCUCCACUCAUUACCUGUAUUAAUGGCACCUGUUUGAACUUGUUAUCAGUAUAAAAGACACCUGUCCACAACCUCAAACAGUCACACUCCAAACUCCACUAUGGCCAAGACCAAAGAGCUGUCAAAGGACACCAGAAACAAAAUUGUAGACCUGCACCAGGCUGGGAAGACUGAAUCUGCAAUAGGUAAGCAGCUUGGUUUGAAGAAAUCAACUGUGGGAGCAAUUAUUAGGAAAUGGAAGACAUACAAGACCACUGAUAAUCUCCCUCGAUCUGGGGCUCCACGCAAGAUCUCACCCCGUGGGGUCAAAAUGAUCACAAUAACGGUGAGCAAAAAUCCCAGAACCACACGGGGGGACCUAGUGAAUGACCUGCAGAGAGCUGGGACCGAAGUAGCAAAGCCUACCAUCAGUAACACACUACGCCGCCAGGGACUCAAAUCCUGCAGUGCCAGACGUGUCCCCCUGCUUAAGCCAGUACAUGUCCAGGCCCGUCUGAAGUUUGCUAGAGUGCAUUUGGAUGAUCCAGAAGAGGAUUGGGAGAAUGUCAUAUGGUCAGAUGACACCAAAAUAUAACUUUUUGGUAAAAACUCAACUCGUCGUGUUUGGAGGACAAAGAAUGCUGAGUUGCAUCCAAAGAACACCAUACCUACUGUGAAGCAUGUUGGUGGAAACAUCAUGCUUUGGGGCUGUUUUUCUGUAAAUCGACCAGGACUACUAAUCCGUGUAAAGGAAAGAAUGAAUGGGGCCAUGUAUCGUGAGAUUUUGAGUGAAAACCUCCUUCCAUCAGCAAGGGCAUUGAAGAUGAAACGUGGCUGGGUCUUUCAGCAUGACAAUGAUCCCAAACACACCGCCCGGGCAACGAAGGAGUGGCUUCGUAAGAAGCAUUUCAAGGUCCUGGAGUGGCCUAGCCAGUCUCCAGAUCUCAACCCCAUAGAAAAUCUUUGGAGGGAAUUGAAAGUCCGUGUUGCCCAGCGACAGCCCCAAAACAUCACUGCUCUAGAGGAGAUCUGCAUGGAGGAAUGGGCCAAAAUACCAGCAACAGUGUGUGAAAACCUUGUGAAGACUUACAGAAAACAUUUGACCUGUGUGGCAGGUAGCUUAGAGGUUAAGAGCAUUGUGCCAGUAACCGAAAGGUCGCUGGUUCUAAUCCCCGAGCAGACUAGGUGAAAAAUCUGUCGAUGUGCCCUUGAGCAAGGCACUUAACCCUAAUUGCUCCUGUAAGUCGCUCUGGAUAAGAGUGUCUGGUAAAUGUAAUAUAACAAAGUAUUGAGAAACUUUUGUUAUUGACCAAAUACUUAUUUUCCACCAUAAUUUGCAAAUAAAUUCAUAAAAAAUCCUACAAUGUGAUUUUCUGGAGAAAAAAGUCUCAUUUUGUCUGUCAUAGUUGACGUGUACCUAUGAUGAAAAUUACAGGCCUCUCUCAUCUUUUUAAGUGGGAGAACUUGCACAAUUGGUGGCUGACUAAAUACUUUUUUCCCCACUGUAUGCGUGGAUUAAAAAAAUUAUAAUCUUAUUUAUUUAAAAAUAUAAGAUGGCCAGAGUAAAUUAUGCAGAUAGUAUGAAGGAAUAAAAACAAUCAAAUUAUAAUUCAAACACCUCAUUUAUAUAUAUAUAUAGAAAACACUGUUUUAAAUGUUAUUAAUAGUUGCAUAUUGUUACCGUUGUCUCAUAGUGUUGCCAUACGGCAACAAAUCAAAAAGUUAGUUAGUUAAAAAAACGAAUCCAAUAUUUUAUUGCAUGGUUGUAUCAUAAUGCAUGCUGUAGAGUCAAACUCAUUCCAUGGAAGGCCUAGUUUCUGCAGGUUUUAGUUUUUUCCUUUCAAAGGAGCUAGAAACACAAGCAUUUUGCUACACCCGCAAUAACAUCUGCUAAAUAUGUGUAUGUGACCAAUAAAAUGUGAUUUGAUUUAGACAACCAGGUAUGGGGAGAUCCUCAUCAAUGAAGUACAAGGGAGGAGUGAAAACCCACAGCCACUCGGCCCUCCAUGGAAUGAGUUUGACACCUGUGUUAAAGUAUUUUAUUGCACUUGAUUUAGACAAUGGAGACUGGUAAGUGGGAGAGACAGUCCGACAGAAGGAGAAGCUGCUGGGAUUGAACCCUGGUCUCGGAAGCGUAUUUAGAGCAGCUGGACACAUUACCGCUAGACCAUGUGCUCUGCAGGAGGUACUUGGUAAUUCUAACCGCUAGACCAUGUGCUCUGCAGGAGGUGUUUGGUGAUUCUAACCACUAGACCAUGUGCUCUGCAGGAGGUGUUUGGUGAUUCUAACCAGUAGACCAUGUGCUCUGCAGGAGGUGUUUGGUGAUUCUAAUCCCAUAGUCUCCCGUCACUAUCCGUGACAAGUAUCUCUAUGACAGUAGAUGCAGGUUUGGUUUAGUUACUGUGUUUGAUGACAGACGAACAUCACAUCCAUUCCUGUAUCUCCAUUCAUAGAUGUGUCCGAUUGCCCCAUCACUACAGAACAUUUAUAAUGGGAUGUAACAUGCAUUCUUGUACCCCUGUGCUCAGGUGUGUCCGACCGGCCAGUAAACACAGAGGAUCUGAAGAAGCUGCGCUACCUAGAAUGUGUCAUCAAAGAGUCCCUGCGCCUGUUCCCCUCUGUCCCCUUCUUUGCCCGCAGCAUCGGUGAAGACUGCCACAUCAGUGAGUGACAUUCAUUUUUUAGGGGGUAGAUCAGCUUUAAUAUUGCAGAUAGAUUGUAACUUUCAUCAAUGUUAUUGUCUGCAUCACUUCCAAUCCCCCAUAUUCCCCCCCCACAAAUAUAUAUAUAUAUAUAUAUAUAUAUAUAUAUAUACAGUGGGGAAAAAAACUAUUUAGUCAGCCACCAAUUGUGCAAGUUCUCCCACUUAAAAAGAUGAGAGAGGCCUGUACUUUUCAUCAUAGGUACACGUCAACUAUGACAGACAAAAUGAGGGAAAAAAUUCCAGAAAAUCACAUUGUAGGAUUUUUAAUGAAUUUAUUUGCAAAUUAUGGUGGAAAAUAAGUAUUUGGUCAAUAACAAAAGUUUCUCAAUACUUUGUUAUAUACCCUUUGUUGGCAAUGACACAGGUCAAACGUUUUCUGUAAGUCUUCACAAGGUUUUCACACACUGUUGCUGGUAUUUUGGCCCAUUCCUCCAUGCAGAUCUCCUCUAGAGCAGUGAUGUUUUGGGGCUGUCGCUGGGCAACACGGACUUUCAACUCCCUCCAAAGAUUUUCUAUGGGGUUGAGAUCUGGAGACUGGCUAGGCUACUCCAGGACCUUGAAAUGCUUCUUACGAAGCCACUCCUUCGUUGCCCGGGCGGUGUGUUUGGGAUCAUUGUCAUGCUGAAAGACCCAGCCACGUUUCAUCUUCAAUGCCCUUGCUGAUGGAAGGAGGUUUUCACUCAAAAUCUCACGAUACAUGGCCCCAUUCAUUCUUUCCUUUACACGGAUCAGUCGUCCUGGUCCCUUUGCAAAAAAACAGCCCCAAAGCAUGAUGUUUCCACCCCCAUGCUUCACAGUAGGUAUGGUGUUCUUUGGAUGCAACUCAGUAUUCUUUGUCCUCCAAACACUACGAGUUGAGUUUUUACCAAAAAGUUAUAUUUUGGUUUCAUCUGACCAUAUGACAUUCUCCCAAUCCUCUUCUGGAUCAUCCAAAUGCACUCUAGCAAACUUCAGACGGGCCUGGACAGGUACUGGCUUAAGCAGGGGGACACGUCUGGCACUGCAGGAUUUGAGGCGUAGUGUGUUACUGAUGGUAGGCUUUGAUACUUUGGUCCCAGCUCUCUGCAGGUCAUUCACUAGGUCCCCCCGUGUGGUUCUGGGAUUUUUGCUCACCGUUCUUCUGAUCAUUUUGACCCCACGGGGUGAGAUCUUGCGUGGAGCCCCAGAUCGAGGGAGAUUAUCAGUGGUCUUGUAUGUCUUCCAUUUCCUAAUAAUUGCUCCCACAGUUGAUUUCUUCAAACCAAGCUGCUUACCUAUUACAGAUUCAGUCUUCCCAGCCUGGUGCAGGUCUACAAUUUUGUUUCUGGUGUCCUUUGACAGCUCUUUGGUCUUGGCCAUAGUGGAGUUUGGAGUGUGACUGUUUGAGGUUGUGGACAGGUGUCUUUUAUACUGAUAACAAGUUCAAACAGGUGCCAUUAAUACAGAUAACGAGUGGAGGACAGAGGAGCCUCUUAAAGAAGAAGUUACAGGUCUGUGAGAGCCAGAAAUCUUGCUUGUUUUUAGGUGACCAAAUACUUAUUUUCCACCAUAAUUUGCAAAUAAAUUCAUUAAAAAUCCUACAAUGUGAUUUUCUGGAAUUUUUUUCCUCAAUUUGUCUGUCAUAGUUGACGUGUACCUAUGAUGAAAAUGACAGGCCUCUCUCAUCUUUUUAAGUGGGAGAACUUGCACAAUUGGUGGCUGACUAAAUACUUUUUUCCCCCACUGUAUAUAUAUAUAUAUAUAUAUACACUGCUCAAAAAAAUAAAGGGAACACUUAAACAACACAAUGUAACUCGAAGUCAAUCACACUUCCGUGAAAUCAAACUGUCCAAUUAGGAAGCAACACUGAUUGACAAUACAUUUCACAUGCUGUUGUGCAAAUGGAAUAGACAACAGGUGGAAAUUAUAGGCAAUUAGCAAGACACCCCCAAUAAAGGACUGGUUUUGCAGAUGGUGACCACAGACCACUUCUCAGUUCCUAUGCUUCCUGGCUGAUGUUUUGGUCACUUUUGAAUGCUGGCGGUGCUUUCACUCUACUGGUAGCAUGAGACGGAGUCUACAACCCACACAAGUGGCUCAGGUAGUGCAGCUCAUCCAGAAUGGCACAUCAAUGCGAGCUGUGGCAAGAAGGUUUACUGUGUCUGUCAGCGUAGUGUCCAGAGCAUGGAAGCGCUACCAGGAGACAGGCCAGUACAUCAGGAGACGUGGAGGAGGCCGUAGGAGGGCAACAACCCAGCAGCAGGACUGCUACCUCCGCCUUUGUGCAAGGAGGAGCAGGAGGAGCACUGCCAGAGCCCUGCAAAAUGACCUCCAGCAGGCCACAAAUGUGCAUGUGUCUGAUCAAACGGUCAGAAACAGACUCCAUGAGGGUGGUAUGAGGGCCCGACGUCCACAGGUGGGGGUUAUGCUUACAGCCCAACACAGUGCAGGACGUUUGGCAUUUGCCAGAGAACACCAAGAUUGGCAAAUUCGCCACUGGUGCCCUGUGCUCUUCACAGAUGAAAGCAGGUUCACACUGAGCACGUGACAGAGUCUGGAGACGCCGUGGAGAACGUUCUGCUGCCUGCAACAUCCUCCAGCAUGACCGGUUUGGCGGUGGGUCAGUCAUGGUGUGGGGUGGCAUUUCUUUGGGGGGCCGCACAGCCCUCCAUGUGCUCGCCAGAGGUAGCCUGACUGCCAUUAGGUACCGAGAUGAGAUCCUCAGACCCCUUGUGAGACCAUAUGCUGGUGCGGUCCUGGGUUCCUCCUAAUGCAAGACAAUGCUAGACCUCAUGUGGCUGGAGUGUGUCAGCAGUUCCUGCAAGAGGAAGGCAUUGAUGCUAUGGACCGCCCGUUCCCCACACCUGAAUCCAAUUGAGCACAUCUGGGACAUCAUGUCUCGCUCCAGGUGGUGGAUGCUUUAGUCCUGGUCUGGGAUAAGAUCCCUCAGGAGACCAUCCACCACCUCAUCAGGAGCAUGCCCAGGCGUUGUAGGGAGGUCAUACAGGCACGUGGAGGCCACACACACUACUGAGCCUCAUUUUGACUUGUUUUAAGGACAUUACAUCAAAGUUGGAUCAGCCUGUAGUGUGGUUUUCCACUAAAAUUUUGAGGGUGACUCCAAAUCCAGACCUCCAUGGGUUGAUAAAUUUGAUUUUCAUUGAUAAUUUUUGUGUGAUUUUGUUGUCAGCACAUUCAACUAUGUAAAGAAAAACGUAUUUAAAAAGAUUAUUUCAUUCAAUCAGAUCUAGGAUGUGUUAUUUUAGUGUUCCCUUUAUGUUUUUGAGCAGUAUAUAUAUAUAUAUAUAUAUAUAUAUAUAUAUAUAUAUAUAUAUAUAUAUAUAUAUAUUCAUAUACAUGAAUUACACAUUCUUAACCAUUAAUGUUUAUUUCAAUCUGUCAUUAAUUCUCAAACUGAUUUAAAUUUACAGGAUUAGGUAUACACUACUUUUAAUUAAUACUAAUUGAUGUACAUAUUCACAAUGGGUGGCCUGUGCCAAAAUGGAAGUUGAACCUACAACCAUGGUUUAUCCAGCGUCUUUCCAUUUCAGUCUUGUUUAGUUAUUUUUUGUGGUUGUGUGUUAAUUCUUCACGUGUACAUUUUGUGGACCUAAUAACCUAACUUGUGUUUCACAUUUUUGCACCUGUAGAUGGUUUCAAAGUUCCCAAAGGUGCCAAUGCCAUCAUAUUGACCUACUCCCUCCACCGUGACCCGCGCCACUUCCCCCAGCCUGAAGAGUUUCGCCCUGAACGCUUCAUGCCGGAAAACUGCGUUGGGAGACAUCCUUACGCCUUCAUCCCUUUCUCUGCUGGACUCCGCAACUGCAUCGGUAAGAAUAGGAAACGUUCAAGACAUUUUACUAAGUAGCACCAACGUUUUAGAAAAUUGGUAAAUCAACAUCAUUCCAUUUGAGAUGAACGACACAAGAUUUGUCACGUUGAUUUGUAGAAUAUCACUCAGGCUAUAUUUUGUCAGCUUGAAACAUAAAAUGUUUACUACAGUGGGCCUCUAAACGUGUGUCCAAUGAGGUUGUCAUCCUCACAUACUCUCGCUACUUUAAUAAUGGUUACAGAUUAAGGUUGAAGACAAUAAGGCAUUUGAAAUAGUGAAAACAAAAUGGACGAUUAAAAGUGUGUCCGAUGAAGAUGUCAUCCUCACAUGCUUUUGUUACAUCCCCCAGGUCAGCGCUUUGCCAUGAUGGAGGAAAAGGUGAUCCUGGCAUCCAUCUUCCGCUACUUCAAUGUGGAGGCGUGUCAGAAGCGGGAAGACAUCCGUCCACUAGGGGAGCUCAUUCUUCGCCCCGAGAAGGGCAUCUGGAUCAAACUUGAGAAGAGGAAGCAGCAGCAGUAGAUAAUCUAGGGAACUGUUUGAACACACCAUUCCUUCCUCCCUCCUUUGGGAGUAAUCGCUGAUCUAACACUAAUUGAUAGGUGAAAGUAAAUAGUUCUAGCACAUACUGUAGGAUACAUUCUUAAAGUAUUUAAACAGGGACGAAUAAAACCCUUAACGCCUACCCAGUAGGCUUACAUUGCAUUCGUGUUCUCUCGGUAUUACAGGAAAAUCUGAAUCUUGAGACUGCGAAACUCGCAGAAAGUUAUUUUAAUUGUCAUAAACAGGUUUCUGAUAUUCAAAAUCGUUUGAGUUUCCAAAUGAAAAAUAGGAGUGGGAAACUUGGGGAACAUUUAUUUUCCCAACAUUGACUUUAGAUAGCUCUGGUUUUUUACUUGUGAGCAGUGGAGGCUGGUGGGAGGAGCUAUAGGAGGACUGGCUCAUUGUAAUGGCUGGAAUGGCAUUAUUGGAACGGAGUCAAACAUGUGGUUUACAUAGUUUGAUGCCGUUCCAUUGAUUCUAUCCCGGCCAUUACAAUGUGACCAACCUCCUAUAGCUCCUCCCACCAG